AUGAGCAGCGGGGAGGAAGGGGUGCAAGAGGAAGUGGGUUAUCUAUCGCUGCAGCAUGCUGGAGUGCUUGUUGACGACGUGGAGAGAUCUCUCAAGUUCUACACUCAAGUCCUGGGCAUGAAAGACGAGAGCCACAUGCGAGCGUUCGUUGGUUGCGGGGACAGUCAAAUCCAUCUCAUGCAGCUCCCUUCCCUCGAUCCCAAGGUUGGGCGUCCCGAGCAUGGUGGGCGAGAUCGGCACGUGGCAGUAACAGUCGGUGACCUCACUCCUCUCCUGAAGCGACUGGAGAAGCACGGAGUCGCGUACACCAUGUCCAAGUCUGGACGACGAGCAGCAUUCUGCCGCGAUGUGGAUUCGAACGCGAUAGAGUUUGUGGAGGAGAAGAGUUGA